UAUAUACAUUAUCCUGCACCUGUAGCGGUGCUGAAACCUGCAGGAGCUGGAGGAGAAAGGCUUGAGGCAUCCCUGAGGACUUGGACGCAGAGGUCGUUGCCAGUCCUGGUCAGCGGUGGUCGGGGUCAGAGGUUGGGAGUCCAGUGACCAUGAGGCAGGCGGUGGAGGCUCAGGUGUUGAACCCCCACUGCGAACUGGGAGAGCAUGGCCUGCGUCAGAUCCUGACAGAUGUGAUCGAGGAGGUGAGGCAGUCGGUGAAUCAGGACAUCGAUGGAGCAGAGAUUCUCCACAGUCUGUUGAACGCAUCGUGGCUGCAGUCACUGCUCAAGGUGUACGAGUGUCUCCAGAGGUUCCUGAGGGACUCCCCACCUCCAGCUCUGGACUACGCUUCAGGACUCUCACUUCAGCUGCUGAUUGACAUCAGGUCGUUAUCAGGCUGCUCUGAAGAGGCCAAAGAGCUCUACCGCCUCCUGCGGCAGCCGCACCUGCAGGCUCUGCUCUCUGCUCAUGAUACGGUGGCCCAGAGGGACUAUGAGCCGGUGCUACCACCGAUGCCUGAAGACCUGCCGGACGAUGAGGAGGCCACCAGGAUAGUCUGCCUGGUCAAAAACAAACAGCCUCUGGGAGCGACUAUAAAGAGAAACGACAUCACGGGCGAGAUCUUUGUUGCUCGGGUGAUUCAUGGAGGGCUGGCUGAUCGAAGUGGUCUGCUGCAUGCAGGGGACAGGAUCAUAGAGGUGAAUGGUUUUCCUGUGGACGGGAUGGAGCCUGAGCAAGUUAUCCAAGUUGUGCAAGCGAGGUCACAGGGCACCAUCAUGUUUAAGGUUGUUCCCAUCACAGAGAGGCCGGUCCACAACCAGACGAUGUUGUACGUGCGGGCCAUGGCCGACUACAGCCCUCAGCAGGACCCGGCCAUCCCCUGCGCCGACGCCGGCAUGAGCUUCAGAAAAGGUGACGUCCUGGAGAUCGUGGACCAGACGGACGCCCUCUGGUGGCAGGCCAAGAAACUGCCCAGCAACACGGCCUGUGCUGGGCUCAUCCCCUCCACCAACCUGCUCAAACGGAAGCAGAGGGAUUUCUGGUGGUCUCAGCCUUAUCAGCCUCACGCCUGCAUUCAGACCUUGAGCACAGUAGAAGAAGAGGAAGACAUGAUGGCCAUUGAUGAGAAAUGUGUUGAAGCAGACGAGGAGGCAUUUGAAUCUGAGGAGCUCAGAGAAGAAGAGGAUGACUUCAGCAGCAACAUUGAAGGGAUUUAUUUAGCGGGCUUCAGGCGCAGCAUGCGUCUGUGCAGGCGGCGGUUUCACAGCACCGUCCAGCCGUCCUGUCACACCCGCUGUCCCAGCAGCUGCUACAGCGCCCUCAACAGCCCGUAUGAGGAGGUGGUGCGCUACCAGCGCCACCCACAGGACACGCAACGCCUCAUCGCUCUCUUAGGUCCGACAGGUGUGGGUGUGAAUGAACUUCGGAGGCGCCUGAUUGAAAUGAACCCCAACGUCUUCCAGGGAGUUGUACCUCACACCACAAGAGCACCUAGAGGAUACGAGGAGUCUGGAAGAGAAUAUUUCUACACCAGCCGAGAAAUCUUUGACAACAUGGUUUAUAACAACAGGUUCCUGGAGUACGGGGAGUAUAAAGGGAAUCUUUACGGCACCAGCAUUGAGUCUGUGAAGGAGGUUUUAAACAGCGGGAAGAUCUGCGUCAUCGACAUCGAGCCAAACGCCAUCCAGGCAGUGAGGACCCACGAGCUGAGGGCCUACAUCAUCUAUGUGAAGCCUCCGCCUCUGGAGCGCCUCAAGGAGACAAGACAGGAGUCAUACAUCACCACCAACUACUAUGUCAACCGACCGUUCAAAAAUGAAGACUUCCAGGAGAUGGAGGAGGCGGCCCGGAAGAUUGAGUCCCACUUCUGGCAGUUCUUCGACCACGUGAUCGUCAACGAUGAGCUGCAGGACUCCUGCGUCCAGCUGCUGACGGUGGUGAGGAAGGCGCAGGACGAGCCGCAGUGGGUCCCUGCCAGCUGGAUACGACCCACCGCCGAGUCGUAAGAGAGGACGGAGGAGAAGACGAGGGGACAAGAGAGAUGUGACCCCAUUUUAUUAUGGCAGCAAAUUUAUUUUGGAGACUGAAAGUCUGGAAUAUCAUCCCGAAAAGCUUUACAUUGAAAUCAAUUUGUUGUAUGUCUAAUACUGCAUGUUUUAGGGGAGUAGGGCAUGAAAAAAAGGAAAUAUUUUGAUCUUGGUGUUUGUGGCAUGCUUGAUCUGAUUCUUAAGUCGGUUCAAAUCCCUAAAGACAAGAUGAAGCUGGGCUCAAGCCCAAAGAAAUCCCUGAAACUAUGUCAGUUUGUCACAAUUUUUUUUUCUUUUAACUAGUAGUUAGACUAAUUGUUUUUAGAUAAUUACAGUAACGCUACAAGCAGAGAAUACUCAUGCAAAAGGUAGCUUCCUGCUUUGCAUGCAGCUUUAAUUUGAAUAAAAAAGGUUUCUUGCCCUGCUCCCCGCUCAGAACCUGAUAUUUUUCCAAUUGAUGUUUACAUACUAGAGAGCAAACUUGAUGUUUUUCCAAUUUGUUAAAUGUUUUGUUUUUUUGUCAUUUUUAUCAUUUCUUUGUGUUUUGUUUGAGAUUUACAAAAGAUUAACGAAAUGCUGUGUUUGGCAAGCUCUUGCAAAAAAACCCCCAAAAAACCAAACACAAACACUGUGUCCUUAUUUCAUUCAAAUAAUGUAAUGAAAACCAUGUUUUUCAGGGUAAGAUGCAGCAAAGUGCAAGCAAAGCAAUGACAUUUUGAUAUUUGUACCUGUGUGUGACAUUA